AGUGCUGCGCUUCCUGCUGGUGCGCAGCGCUCAGGGGUCCGGUGCUGGGGGGAACCUUAACGUCCCCGGAACGAAAGAGCGCGGGCGGCGGUUCCGCGGGGCACCGGAGACCGGGGACGGACCGCGGCAAGAUGGCGGCCCCCGCGCGGUGGAGCCACGUGUGGGUGGGGGCCGAGACCGGAGCGCUUAAAGGCGUGAACCUUCAGAAGAAGCAGGCCACCAACUACACCGGCGGCGGGGCGCUGAGCCGCGGGGAGGGCGUCUGCGCCCUUUGCUGGGGGGACCCCGCCGAGACCGAGGUCCUGGUGGGGUGCCUGGACCGCUCGGUGAAGCUGUUCAGCACUGAGAAGGGGAAGUUCACCGAGACCCGGCUGUGCCCUGGCGGGGACGGCGCUUUCUGUGGCCUCGCGGCUCAUGGCAGCGCCCUGAUCACUUGCGUCGAGUCGGGGCUCCUCAAGGUGUGGCGUGACGAUGCGGCGGAGAAUCUGGAGCUGCAGGCGGGCGCGGGGCUGUGCCGCAUGCGCCAGGAUCCGGCCCGGCCUCACCGCAUGGGCACCGGUGGGAAGGAGAACGCCCUCAAAGUCUGGGACCUGCAUCGCCCAGAGGAGCCCGUCUUCCGUGCCAAGAACGUCAGGAACGAUUGGCUCGACCUCCGCGUCCCCGUCUGGGACCGCGACCUCCAGUUCCUGCCAGGAUCCGACAAGGUGGUUACGUGCACCGCGCACUGCCAGGUGCGGCUCUACGACCCCAGCACCCCACAGCGGCGUCCGGUGCUGGAGACCACCUUCGGCGAGUCCCCGCUUACUGCGCUCUCCCUCGCGCCUGGAGCCAUCUCCGUCGUGGUGGGCAGCGCUCGUGGGGAGGUGGCCAUCAUCGACCUGCGCCAAGGGCGGGUGCUGAAGUGCCUGAAGGGCUUCGCGGGCAGCGUGCGGGGGCUGCAGUGCCACCCGUCCCUCCCCCUCGUGGCCUCCUGCGGCCUCGACCGUUUCCUUCGCGUCCAUGACCUGGACGACAAGCGGCUGCGCCACAAGGUCUAUCUGAAAUCCCGCCUGAACUGCCUGCUGCUGAGCAGCCACCAGGACUGGGAGGCCCAGGAAGCGCCGGCUGCGCCAGCUGAAGUGAAGGAGGAAGAGGAGGGCGACGCGCUCUGGGAUUCGAUGGAGACCAUCCCCACCCAGCCGCCGGACCCCAAGGCCGGCCGGGGCAAACGCGCCAAGAAGCGGAAGAGCUCUGGGCCGUGACCCCCCAAAACCUGACCCCAAACUGGACUGUGCCCCCUCGUUGAGGGGCGAGGAGGGGCUGCUCCCCCUCGGCUGUGGGUUUGCUGCUGUGCAGCACAUAAAGAUGCGCUCACCGCA